AUCGUGACUACUCGUGCGCGCGCUUUAAUCUGACGGAAAGGAUCGCGAGUGCAGAUCUGUAUGCAUGGAUACGCCAAACGUCGCGCGAAUUCUUUAAGCAGUCCGUCAAAGACUGCCGGUCGGCUAAGACGCGAGGCAAGAAUUCCGAAAAAAAGGGGAGCCAGACGGUAUAGAUGGUAGUCGUGCCUUGUGCCGGAGUAAAAUCAUGGGUCACAUGAAGAUACGCAAUCAUGUCACCGACGCCAGCGGAACUCCCGGUAUAUUCAAGCUGUCCGUCCCGUCAUCAGCCGGCGGAAACGAGCCCGAGAGCAGAAUCUCAUUGUCGAUCAAGGCGAGGGAGGAAGAGGAGAAGAAGGCGAGGGCGCAAUGGGGAAACGGGCUGGAAUUUCUCAUGUCCUGCGUGGCAUUCUCAGUCGGCCUCGGGAACGUCUGGCGGUUCCCGUACACGGCCUAUGAGAAUGGCGGUGGUGCCUUCCUGAUUCCCUACAUAGUGGUGCUCUUCGUAAUCGGCAAACCUUUCUAUUACAUGGAGAUGAUACUCGGGCAGUUUACUAGCAGAUCAUGCGUACAGAUCUGGUCGGUGUCACCCCCGUUCCAAGGCAUCGGCUACGGCGUAGCGGUAUCGGUGUUCGCCGUGAUUACCUAUUAUUGCGCCCUUAUGGCACUAACGCUCUACUACAUGGUCGCCAGCUGUCAGUCGGUGCUCCCGUGGUCCUAUUGCUGGGAGGAAUGGGGCGAUGCGUGUUUUAACAGCACGUCGACUGGCGAGCAAGCGAAAAACGGAAGCAGAAGUUCCGCCGAUCUCUAUUUCAGAAAUUACGUUCUCAAUGAAACGGGAAUCAAGAACGGGCUUGGGCUGCCUUCGUGGAAGCUGAUCCUCGCGUUGCUGGCUAGCUGGAUAUUCGUCUACGUAGUGAUCUGCAAGGGCGUGAAGAGCACAGGUAAAGCGGCCUAUUUCCUGGCCCUCUUUCCAUACAUCGUCAUGAUCAGCCUUCUAGUAAGAGCGGUGACCUUGGACGGAGCGGUGGACGGCAUUAUCUUCCUCUUCAAACCCACAUGGCACAAGAUUCUGGAGCCGGGGGUCUGGUACGCCGCCGUCACGCAAUCGUUCUUCUCCCUCGGCGUAUGUUUCGGCGCGGUGACCAUGUAUUCCUCUUACAAUGGUUUCGAACAUAAUGUAUCAAGGGAUUGCACGAUCGUGACGACUCUGGAUCUCUGCACGAGUAUGAUGGCAGGCGCGACCAUCUUCGGAAUUCUAGGCAAUCUCGCCCACGAGAUCGGCAGCGAUGAUAUCGGCACCGUCGUACGCGCUGGGACAGGCCUGGCCUUCGUAUCUUAUCCGGAAGCCUUGGCAAAAUUCACGGUAGUACCGCAGCUCUUCGCCGUGCUCUUCUUCCUGAUGCUCUUCGUGCUGGGUAUAGGCACUACCGUUGCCUUCUGUAACGUGAUUAUCAGCAUCAUCAACGACCAAUUCCCGCGGCUCAAACAUUGGAAGAUCGCCGCUGGCCUCGCGAUUCUCGGUUUUUCGAUUGGCAUUGUUUAUUGCACGCCCGGCGGCCAGUACAUUCUCAACUUGGUAGAUUAUUUCGGCGGGACCUUCAUUAUCGUGUUUUUAGCUUCCUUUGAAAUGAUCGCUAUUUCCUGGGUAUAUGGCAUCGAUAAUUUUAUGGACGAUGUCGAGUUUAUGAUAGGACGACGGCCGUUCUUUUACUGGAGAUUCUGUUGGUGUUAUUUGACUCCCCUGUUUCUAUUCACUAUCUUGGUUUACUUCCUGAUCAAUAUGACACCGCUCACGUACAACGACGAAUAUUAUCCAACGUCCGCAUACGUUGCGGGUUGGACGCUUCUGGCUUUGGGAAUUCUUCCGUUUCCUUUAGGCAUAAUCAUUGUUGGAUUUCGGAAUAGAAACAAUGGAUGCUCGAAUAUAUUCAAGCCGAGCGCCGAUUGGGGUCCGAAGAAUUUAAAAAAAUACAAUGAAUGGAGGGACUUUAAGCACUCGAAGAAGAUAUCGAGAGCGUGCGCAAAGAAAUCGAAAGUUAUAGCAGCGCUGUUUGGCAAAGAUUGACAAUUAUUAUAUAUUAAACUAAUACGAAAAUUA